AUGGAGGACGGCGCAUCGAGCCCCGAUCAGAGAGACAGCCGCGACAUCUACCUGCCCAACCACAUCGAGGCCGUCUCCCACAUCGCCGUCGACGUUGGCGGCUCCUUAGCCAAGGUCGUCUACUUUACCCGCUCGCGCUCUUCCGAUUCCACGCCCUCCUCGCCUACCCCCGGUUCGCCCGUCGCCCUUUCCACACCCUUGCCACAUACCGCAGCGUCCUCGUCCACGCCCAACGCCCUCUCGCCAAAAACAAGCAACAGCAACUUUCGCUCUCGGCAGGCCUCUUCCAACGGCGGCGCGCACAGCGGCUUCCGCACGCCUCCCGCACACGCCGACCAUCCCAUCGCUUCGGGAACGCUCACGCCUACCGCCAUCCUCGGCUCUCCGCAGCUCGCAUCCGCAUCCGCAUCCGCCAUCCACUCCACCCUCCUCAAGCGCAGAUCCCUCCCCGCUGCCUUGCCCGGCGGCCGUCUCAACUUCAUCAAGUUCGAAACCAACGACAUUGAAAACUGCAUCCGCUUCCUGCGCGAACUCAUCGAGCGCUCCGCAUCCGUCAAUGGCGUCUCGAUACAGGACAUGCGCAAGGGCGUCAAGCUCAUGGCCACCGGCGGCGGCGCACACCUCAUGUACGACCUCUUUGAGCAAGAACUCGGCAUCGAGGUCCAAAAGGAAGACGAGAUGGGCUGCCUCAUCACCGGCCUCAACUUUAUCACCCUCAUUCCAGACGAGGUCUUUUGGUACUCGGACGAGCUCGUCGCGGCCCUUCACUCGCCCCUCCCUCAGAACCCGGAAGCAAGGGCAGACGCGCAAGCCCUGCGCUCUUCGGUGCCCCUCCAGCAUCCUUUGCCCAGACCUUCGCCAAACCCGCCCCUCUACGCGCCCGUCUUUGACUCGCAUCCGUCACCAAAGCUGCCCUGCCUCCUCGUCAACAUCGGCUCCGGCGUCUCCAUCAUCAAGGUCGACGACUUUGGCAAGUUCGAACGUGUCUCGGGCACCUCGCUAGGCGGAGGCACGCUGUGGGGCCUCCUUUCGCUGCUCACCGACGCCGACAGCUUCGACGAGAUGCUCGAGCUCUCGGAACAGGGCGACAAUGCGAAUGUCGACAUGCUCGUCGGCGACAUCUACGGCUCUGUCGGGCUCAACCACCUCGGCCUCAAGAGCUCCACCAUCGCAUCGUCCUUUGGCAAAGUCUUCCGCAAGGAUCCAAGUUCGUCAGCGCCUCGCAACGCCGAAGAGCGCCGCAAAAAGUUCCGAUCCGAAGACAUCUGCAAGUCUCUACUCUAUGCCAUCUCGAACAACAUCGGUCAGAUCGCAUACAUGAAUGCCGAAAAGUACAACCUCGACCGCAUCUACUUUGGCGGCUGCUUCAUUCGAGGCCACCAGGCCACCAUCAGCACGCUCUCGUACGCCAUCCGCUUCUGGAGCAAGGGCACCAAGCGCGCCUUUUUCCUUCGCCACGAGGGAUACCUCGGCGCCAUCGGCGCGUGGAUCAAGCAUGUCUCCAACGAUCCGGCAGCCACCAUGACGAAUGCACGCGCCGUAGCAGCCGCCAUGGCUUCGUCACACGCGGGCUCGGGCGCGCCGGGCAGGGCAACUCCUUCGGUUCCGUCGGGUCUGGGUCGUUCGAUAUCGCCUGCUUCGUCCUCGGACGAGCCUCUUGAUUGGGCGGCCAUCCAGGCUGCGUCGAUGCAGCCACCCGUGCUGAACGGCGAUGGCCUGCCCGAGCCAGCAGCGUCCGAAUCGCCUGCUGUACUGUCCAACCCGCACCUUGCUCAUUUGCAAGCCGAGGCGGCCGCAUCGGCCGACAGGACACCAACGCAAGAGUCUCCGCAUGGUCAAGGUGCAUUGGGCUCCCAGCAGUCGGAUCUUGACUUUCUGAACGACGUUCUCGCGCAGCCAUCGCAAUCUGCAUCCGGGGCAGAAGCGACUAGUAGCGGGCUUGCACACUCCAGCAGUGUGGAUGACGAUGAUUCGGAGAGCGAUUCGUCCAUUCCGGCACAGGACGAGGCGGCGCAGCUCAAAGAGAUACUCGCCUCGCUCAAUGCUCUAAAGAUACCCACGAGCGACGGCACCGAUCCCGCAACCGCCCAGAUGGAACGCAACGAGAUCCUCGGCCUCCUCGCCAACCUGGAACAGACCGAAGAGGUCGUCGGCGGUCUCGAGGGCAAGCUCGACAGCUUGCUCUCGUCCUUGGACACGCUCCUGGCCAGUCAGGAAGCACAGCACGUAGCACAGCAGACUAGCACCUAG